AUGGCGGAGGUGCCACCACUUUGCCUAUCAGAGACGUUGCCAGAAACUCUUUUGGGACAUACUCUCUACGUUGGUGAUCUCCACCCGGAAACCACGGUAGCGGAUCUUGAGGCCGCAUUUUCCGUUAUUGGCCGGUUGGAUUCCUUGGGGAUUCGCAGAGAUGCUGCUGGGAAAUCUCUUUGCUAUGCUUUCGUCAACUUCUUCUAUAUCUCCCAUGCUAUGAAGGCUCUGGCAUGCCUAAAUCAUAAAACCCUGAAAGGAAAGGCGAUGAGGAUUAUGUGGUGGCAUAAGGAAUCAAAACUAAGAAAAUCUGGGAUUGGAAAUGUUUUUGUGAAGAACCUUGCUCCUUCCAUCGACAGUGCUCAAUUAGAGAGCAUGUUUAACAAAUAUGGCAAAAUAGUGUCUUGCAAAGUUGCCGAGGAGGAAAACGGAAAGAGCAAAUGUUUUGGAUUUGUUCAGUUUGAAACACACAAUUCUGCCAUUUCUGCUAUCACUUCCCUCCAUGGAGCAGUGUUUCAAGGGAAGAAGUUGUAA